AUGUUAUAGCGCUCUUUAUCUCCUAUAUAUCAGAAUGAUGAGGAUUAUUUGAAACCAAAAAUCCCUCAAAUUACUCAAAAAAUGCCAUAGUUUUGUUAAUAUUAUAAGGAGAAUAUAUAAUAUCCAUCCUUAAUAUAAACUGUAAGAAAAAAAUAAAUAUUUGAUUAAAGAAAUGUUAACCAAUAAAAUAUUUCCCCAAUAAGAACAAACUAAAUUCAAUUUAGAGUAUCAUAACCCAAAAGCCCAAUUAUUAGAUAAAAAAUUGAUAUGCCUUUAUAAUCAAGAUCUCAAACUUCAUUUUUACAUCAAAUGCCAACCUCAUUAACACCUCCGAAAAAACAAAAUUCAAAAAUACUUACAUCACAAACAAUAAUCCCUCAACAUUAAAAUCCAUAAUUAAUUGUUAAGACUCCAUUAAAUGAGUAAAUUAAAUCCCAAAUCAACAAUUACUAAAUGCAAUCUUAAAAUUACUAGGAUAGAGGAUAAUAAAAAUAAAUGAAGAUAGACCAAAGCCAAAAGGACAUAUAUUCAUGCUUAUAAGAAGAAUUACAAAAGUCAGAAAUGAAAUUAAAAUAAUUAACUGAAAGAAGCCAACAAAUGGAAGAGAAACGAAUAUAACUUAGAAAUACUUUUAAGAAUUCAAAAUUACAAUAGAAGAAUCAUUGA